AAGACUUUUCUGCCUGAGGUCAUGGAGAGCAACUGGCAGUCCUGAUUUCUAGGAACCGAUGGCCUGAUCCACCGAGCCUUUCCUUGGGGAAGAAGGGUCCCAGGUGCAGGUGUAUCAUGGAUGCAGCUAAAAUCGAAAUGGUGGUCUCCGUUGUCCUCCGGGUGGCCUUCAGCUUGAUUGGCUGGUUUUCCCUCUACACCUGCUCUUGCUACUGGUUCAAAAACCGCACCUGCGAGUGGAGCUGCCGACUGGUCACUCUGACUCACGGGGUCUGUGCAACCUGCCUCUCAGGUUACAUCUGCUUCAUCGAUGGCCCGUGGCCUAUGUCUUACCCAGGGUCUCCAAACACCACCCUCCAGGUCCAUGCACUGUGCAUGAGCUUGGGCUACUUCCUCUUCGAUCUGGGCUGGUGCGUCUUCUUCCAGGCAGAAGGGGUGCUGAUGCUGGCCCAUCACACCGUCAGCAUUUUGGGAAUCACAGUCUCCCUUGCCCUGGGAGAGUCCGCUGCAGAAGUCAACGGCGUCAUCUUUGGUAGCGAGAUCACCAACCCCCUCCUGCAAGCCCGCUGGUUUCUCCGGGAGAAGGGGCUCUACCCCAGUCUCACCGGGGACGUGGUGGAUUUCCUCUUCAUUGUGCUCUUUGGAGGGGUGAGGAUUGGUGUUGGGGCUCGGCUGAUGUACUGUGUGUUGACGUCGCCCAAGCCCAAGUGGUUCAUCAAGACGGGGGGUGUGAUCAUGUAUGCCGUCUCUUGUGUUUUCAUGGUGAGCAUCUGCCGAUUCGCCCGGCGGAAAAGCAUAAAGAAGUACCAUGCUUGGCGAAGCUGGUGGAGCAAAGAAGCGAACUUGAAUGCCAAUGGGUACCUGAAGAAUCAUUGACCCGUCACCGGGCUGGGUCCGCGUUCCUCAGCUGACACCGAAUAUCGCCCAUGCCCUGGUAUACACUGAAGCAAAGAGCUGCCAUGGCGCAGUGGCUAGAUUGCUGGACUAGGAUUGGGGAGGCCCAGGUUCACAUCCCCAGUGAGUCGUGAAGCUCAUCGGCUGACCUUGGGGCAAGCAUGCUCCCUCAGGCUAACCUACCUCACAGGGUUGUUGUGGGGAUAAAAUGGGGAUGCUCCCAUUGGUGCUGCUCUGUGCUUCUCAGAGACAGGGUGGGAUCUAAGUGUGGUCAACAGGUGACAUCUCAUGCUCAAGCGACGUUUGCACAGGCAAACUAUUUACGCACAGCAGAAAGCGCUUGGACCGUGUGGGUGCUAAAGCAAGGCCCAUCAAGUAAGAUCAAAAAUCUAGCUGACCGAAUCAGACCUCUGCCAAGCCGGUGAGGGCUUACAGCACAACUGCACAACCUUUUCCAAGCCCGGGGGCCACAUCCCAUUCUGGAGAAGCUCUCAGGAGCUGCAUUGUGCUAAUAGAUGGGCCAAAGGCAAAAAUGUUACAAAUAAAAAAGGAUAGCCUAUUUUAGUUCAGAGCUUUCACUGCCAGUCACUAAGCCUUAGAAGAGCUACCUUAACCUUUUAGGAUGGGGGAAGGGGGAGCAAGCCCAGGCUGGAAGACACCAAACUGCUCAUUGGUAGAAAAGGAGGCAUGGUUCUUCGGGGCCAGAUUUGGCCCAUGGUCCUCAGGUUCAACGCUCCUGCUCUAGCGUAUGCCCAUGAGUUGUUCCAGCAGUAGAUCAGUGGUCAUGCAGCAGCAAACUGUUUUUGUUUUCAAGGUGACAACUGGGUUCAACAAUCCAUGCCAGAGUAUGGGUUGUU